AUGGCCUCGCCCGAGAGCGGGGCCGCCGGGGCCGGGGGCGCCCAGAACCUGAGCGCGGCGCUCGCCGCGGGGCCCGAGUGGCUGCAGCUGCUGGCCGCGGCCGGCGCCGCGUCCCCGUCCGCCGCGGCCCCCGCGCCCGCGCCGCCGCGCGCCAACCUCACCCACCCGUUCGUGCAGCCGUCCUGGCGCGCCGCGCUCUGGGCCCUGGCGUACGGCGCCGUGGUGGCCGUGGCCGUGCUCGGGAACCUCGUCGUCAUCUGGAUCGUGCUGGCCCACAAGCGCAUGAGGACCGUCACCAACUACUUCCUCGUGAACCUGGCUUUCUCCGACGCCUCCACGGCCGCCUUCAACACGCUGGUCAACUUCAUCUACGCCCUGCACGGCGAGUGGUACUUCGGCGCCGGCUACUGCCGCUUCCAGAACUUCUUCCCCAUCACGGCCGUGUUCGCCAGCAUCUACUCCAUGACGGCCAUCGCGGUGGACAGGUACAUGGCCAUUAUUGAUCCUUUGAAACCCAGACUGUCUGCUACAGCUACCAAGAUUGUCAUUGGAAGUAUUUGGAUCCUUGCAUUUCUACUUGCCUUCCCUCAAUGUCUCUACUCCAAAAUCAAAGUCAUGCCAGGCCGUACUCUUUGCUAUGUGCAAUGGCCAGAAGGUCCCAAACAACAUUUUACGUACCACGUCGUGGUCAUCAUACUGGUGUACUGCUUCCCAUUGCUGGUCAUGGGUGUCACAUACACCAUUGUCAGCGUCACUCUCUGGGGAGGGGAAAUCCCAGGGGAUACCUGUGACAAGUAUCAAGAGCAGCUCAAAGCCAAAAGAAAGGUUGUAAAAAUGAUGAUUAUUGUUGUGAUGACAUUUGCCAUCUGCUGGCUGCCCUAUCACAUUUACUUUAUUCUCACCGCGAUCUAUCAACAGCUAAACAGGUGGAAAUACAUCCAGCAGGUCUACCUGGCCAGCUUUUGGCUGGCCAUGAGCUCAACCAUGUACAACCCCAUCAUCUACUGCUGUCUGAAUAAGAGAUUUCGAGCCGGCUUCAAGAGUGCAUUUCGCUGGUGUCCUUUCAUCAAAGUCUCUAGCUAUGAUGAACUGGAGCUCAAAACCACCCGAUUCCACCCAGCUCGGCAGAGCAGCCUGUACACAGUGACCAGGAUGGAGUCCGUGACCGUAGUGCUCGACCCUAGCGAGGCCGACGAUGCCAAGGCCAGUCGGAAGAAAAGAGCAAAGCCAGCAGAGCCAGGCAUCAGUGGCUGCUCCCGCAGGAAUUCCAAAUCUGCCUCCACCACUUCAAGUUUCAUAAGCUCGCCCUAUGCCUCUGUGGAUGAAUAUUCUUAAGUCCAUUUCCUGAGGUGAAAAUUAGUGUGAGGCCAUCAUGACGCCAGCUAGGGCCUGUUCCCAGACUGUCAGUCUGUCCUGCACGCUCUCUGGAAACAAGGCAAUUUUUAGGCAGCUAUGCUUAAAUUGAGAAAGGUAGCAUAUAAAUGUGAUGAAGAACCAAUGGCUAUAAACACCCCUCAAAUAAAAUGGGCUUUAAAUUUAGUCUUUGAAAACUCUAAAUUGUUAUAUGCAACAAACAAAGAUAUAUCCAAAAAAUACUUAUAAAGUG